UCCUUGGUCAAGGCGUGGGAGGCAAACAAACGCCAUAUGAGAGCCAUUUCCAACACCAAGGCUCUCGCAAGCUAUGGUGUCCGAAGGGAAAUGACCUUUCGGCUCGAUGCGAUUCUCACGAUGUGGCACCGUGGGUAUUUCCAGCCCAACCAGAACCCCCACAUAGGACAGCGGGUUUGGAACCUGUCAUCCGCGUCUGAGUUGACAGAACACUUCCCUUUCUGGGCAGUGUCAACUCGAGAUAUCAACGCGCUCAUGUUCACCCAGGCCGCAAGACUUGUUCUUCCACUGGAUCAUUUGUUUCAAGAAGCUGCUCUCAAUUCCACGGUCUCCUCACCCGGCCUCAUCCUUGCAUUCUAUACUGCCCAACUUUUUUGUCGGAUUCUCACUUAUACCCUCACCAGCGAGCAGCAGUUCCCGUACGACAACUGGAUCUGGCUUCCGCGAUGGAGGGUACAAAAUCGCCAGGCUCGCCAGACCAGAUCGUUACUGGAGCGGCAGGGCCUCGGGGUGGAUGUAUCCAUUAGAAACUCUGGAAUGCUCUGGAUCCCCCGAGAAUGCAUGGACUGGUAUGGCGGGCACAUUGCACUGGACACCCUGAUCCAGCUCUAUAUACCUCGGAAUCCCUUCCAGCGAGGCCUUCUAUCUCAGAUGAAUGUGCAGCGCCUUACCGCGUCUAAGGUCACCAUCGAGCUAUCUUUGAGGCAGUUACUUCAGCAGGCCCGGUCCGAAUUCGAUCACGGCCGUCGCCACAGGGCAGAUGAAGUUGUUGAAAGAAUCAUUCUGCUGAUUACCGAAGAGGUCGCUCGAGCUUACCACCAGCAUAUGCUUUCCAAGCUGCAGCUGCACUGGGGAAGGCUUCGCCCUCAGGUAGGACACAGUGUUCUGUCCAGUCUUAAGCGUCUGCAGCAAAGCGAAGAGGAGUCCGCGAUGCAGGUCGGCCGCAUCGUUACAGCUCAGACGAUAUGGGAAAUUUACGAUGAGGCUUGGACUGGUUACAUUCGAACUCAGCCUGUUACUGACCCCGAAGACAUGCCGAGAGAUGUACCUUGUUGGAUGGCAACGCGCAAGUAUCUGCCACCGGACGACAGCUGGUCCAAUUCUGUCUUCCAGCGCCUCUUUAACUGUAAGAGUAUUUCAUCUUGGAACGGCCUCUACUUCCUUGACCUUUAUCGGAGGUUUAAGGGGCUCUGGGAAAUGAUCGAGGGUUAUGCGGGCCCAUUUGAUGAACGAUUCAGUCGCACUAUUGGCGACUACAUCAUGGUUACAUUCAACAGUGAUCAAACCAAGGAAGUCGCUACUGAUCGGAGGCCUGGGACUUGGUAUCAAAGAGCAACAUUCUUUCGGAUACAGUACUGGGCUCCCUACUUCUCACCGCCUAAAUGUGCUUCGCUUUCCUCCUGGAGCUCAGUCGAUGAUUAUCAGCAUCGGAAUCCUGGCCUCCCACCAGCUACGAUCUCGAGAGCUAUCAACGCCAUGGAGUUCCAGAACCGUUCUAAUACUUUCACACAACUAUGGAUGCGGUUGAUCAUUCAACACGAUCAGCUACGCGAGGCCAAACCCAGGGAGAGGAAUCGGAUCUGUAAACAAGCUAUGGAGUGCUUAGUAGAUCUUAUCGGCCCCCAAUGGAGCUAUCAGGGCGAUUUGGCAUUUGUACUGCCCUGGAAGUUUUCUGAGUCAACGGUGGGAGGCGGACAGCGCGAGGACCCAUUCCGUUUUCCCAUUCUGACAACAUCUGCCCGCUUCUCGACCAAGCCCGGUCAGCCUACGAUUCUGUUACCAUCCCGCCAUAAUGUCAUGGCUCUGGUCGGUGCAAUUGAAUCCCUUCCUCGACUUAAUCAGACAGUCCUUCGGCGAGCCACAUGGAUCCGCGAGUGCAAGUAUUCGCCUGCUCAACGGCCCUCCGUCGAGCGAACGCGUCUCCGCGUCCAACGACACCGCGACCAACAGCACCUUGUAAGGGUACAACAACUUGUUCAGGAGGUUGCGGUCACUCAAGAGCUGCCACCUACCGUCAAAUUCUCUGCCCUGACCUUACGUGAUGAUUCAACCCCAUCAUCUCCUCCCGCCCAAAUCCAGUCUUGGUCGGGUGACAUAUCAGACGACCAAUCUGGUCCCGAGCCCGAGCUUGAGACAGCUCCCUUCCCCUCAUCUCCAACUGCUUCGCCCAUGCAUAUCGAGGAUGACGAUGGUGAUAACUCCGAGGGCUCCACGUCCGAUAUCAAUCCCGUGUCACAACCGACGACCUCAGCACCAUCAUCAUCGCCCGGCCUUCCUCGGCAAGACGGUCGGUUAUCCCAGCCGAGAAGUUCUCUUUCGUCAACAUCAGACUCGCCAGACUGGUUCGUCCCAUCAGUCUCGCCUUCACUUGGGCCCGAGGGUCCAAUCCUCGACGGCUUUCUCCAAGCGAUCCACGACCGGGAUACUGCCGGCGGCCCCGAUUUUCUACGCGCGAUGAGCGAUGUGUAUGAUCGCGUACUUCGUACUUUCUUUAGCUGUCAAUGCGACUGCCCAAAUUCACGCGAGCUUGCCGAACCCGAAGACGCCCACACUCUCCAGGAACGAGUUGAGCGUCUCAGCCAUUCCCUCCCUCCCUUGCCGGCCGUCUUCGCGGAGCGUGAUAACGCAUGUGAUCCUCGCGCCUCUUUCCCUCACUGGCAAAGCUUCCUCUCCGACCAACCUGCCGAGCCGCUCUCUUUCCGCAAGACACAAACUUCCCUCUCCCAGAACUCUGUAACCAUCGCGCGACAGUGGGAUGUCGACAGCAUCUGGUUCGGGGCUAAGAGCCUAUCAGCUAUUCGAGCCCCCAACCAGUUUCGACUCUCUUUUUUCCCACCUCAAGAGUAA